GGUUGAUCCAUGUUUAGGUCGAAAGAAGACGUAACCCGCGGCAUGAGAGGUGAUUGCAUAGAUUCUGGUCCUUCUCAGACGUGAAAAUGGUUCGCGAAUUUAGUGGUAGUAGCGCACGGCGUGGAGGUGGAGGCGGGGGCAAAGCGUACAACGCGGCACAAGCACUUGCUCGCCAACAGCGCAAAUCCUCUUUGUCUGGCAAAGGUCCAAGCAGCAUUCACGAUGUCUACGACUUUGCAACGGCCGAGCAGGAGGCGAACGGUAGCCUCAAAGGGCGCGGCAAGGUUCACCGACGGGCAAUGGCGUCCGAUGGAAUGGCAGAUGCCGCAGCUCCGAAACGUCGCUCGCAAAAACGCCGGGACGGCGAUGACGAGGAGAUCACUAGCUCCGAGGGUGACUCAGAUGGCGACGACGACAUUCAAUCUCGGCUGCCCAAGGUAUUCGAUGACGACACAGGACCAGCAGCGCCGAAUUUCGAAGAACACGAUUCCGACAUUGACAGCGACGAGGCUUUCGUAGAAAGCGACGAAGAUCGCUUUGCUGAUUGGAAGUUCUCUGGCAGCUCGAAGAAGCACUUGGGGAAGGUUUAUCGCAAGGGGAAAGGAUACCGGAAAGCUGAGGCAGAGGACACAGACGAGGACGGGUGUGAGAAGGAAGAGGAUGAAGGUGACGAGGAUGAGGAUGACGACAUGAUGGACCUCUCGAAGAUGCUUGACGGCGCGGGAAGCGAAGAAGGCGGCAGCAGUGAAGAAGAGGACGAUGGUGAUGAAUCAGAAGAUGAGGGCGAUGAAGACGAUACACUGCUUGCGAAGAUGAACGAAAUUGCCACUGCAUCGAAGAAAAGGUCGUCGGAUAACCAGGUGGACAGCGACGCAGAAGACAUGCACAAGCGACAGCGAGCCGACCAUGACGAUUUUUUCAACUUUCAAGAAGAAGCAACGAGUGGGUCCCGGCAGAGGAUUACAGUUGAAGACCUUCUCGCGCCAAUCGCAGACCAGAAGGGGAUGUCAGCCUUUCGUGCAAGCGCCCGUGCGCUCGCCGCUGCCCCGUCAGCCGCAGCAAACGGGAAAGAGGUGAAGGCGUCGCGCAAGAAUGCUGGCACACUCGCUGCGCCGCUCCCAUCCGUCGUGCAAGAUCGCCUGGAACGUAGCGCGGCGUAUGAGGUAACCAAGUCGGACGUUCAGGGCUGGCAGCCGACGAUAAAACGCCUACGCGAAGCCCAGCACCUCUCAUUUCCCCUGCAGAGCAAGCCGGAAAAAAAGGCUUCGACAUCUGCGCUUAUCAGCUCCUUCAAGCCUGGCUCGGCCAUCCCACUCGAGAGGGAUUCUCUCGAGGCGCAAGUUGCGCAACUGCUUCAAGAAGGUGGUAUGAGUGAGAAGCAGCUCAAGAAGGACGAAGAGCUGCAGCUCAAACAGAUGGAUCCUGCGGAAGUCAAGCGGAGGCAAGCCGAACUGCGCAGGAUGCGGGAGCUCAUGUUCCGCGCCGAGCAAAAAGCGAAGCGUGUGAGCAAGAUCAAGAGCAAGACAUAUCGCAAGAUCCAUCGCAAGGAGAAGGAGCGGAUGAAGGAGAAGAUGCGCGAGCUUGGCAUGCUUCCGGAAGGCGGCGAGGUGGACCUUGAAGCUGGCGACGAUGGUGACGAGAAUGGGGAGCGGUUGGCGGCGGAGCGCAGGCGCGCGCUGGAGCGUGCGACGCUGAAACACAAGAAUCAGGGCAAAUGGGCCAAGGCGAUGCUCGGUCGACACGAGUUGCCGGCUGACGCGAGACAGGCACUGCAGGAUCAGCUAUCGCAAGGAGACGAGCUGCGCAAGAAAAUCCAUGGCGUCGGCUCCGACGAAGACAGUGACGAGUAUGACUAUGACGGUGCAGGGCAGGCGGGCAGCGAUAGCGAGGACGAGGACGCGAUCCGCGAUCGCGCCUUCGACGAGCUGGCUACGCUCGAGGAAUCAGGUAAUGCGCAGGAUGCCGCGGACGAGGCCGAGAUGGCGGGCGAAGGAAGCUCGAAGAAAGGGAAAGGCCUCCUAGGUAUGAAGUUCAUGAAGGAUGCCAGGGAGCGCGAGAGGCAGCAAGCAAGGCAGAUGGCGGAGGAGUUCAAACGUGAGCUCGAAGGAGCGGAGGAUGAAGGCGAUAGGGAGGGCGCAUUCAGGAAAGCGUCGGUCAUCAAGUUGGCGUCCAACGGGGGCCGUGCCGUCUAUGGCAACACCCAGAUCAAAGGCCAGGCUGGGACAUCAUCAAUUCAGGCUGUUCAAGAUGGCAAUAAGGUGAUAGAGGACAAGGCAGAAGGGCACGCUGCUGAUGGGCGGACCUUUGAGUCCGUUUUGCCCUCCAAAAGCGUCAGCUUUGCGAUUGGAAGCUCGGCAGCAGUUGAUGGCACGGUCAACAACAAGGACGUCGAUGGCGUUACGGAUGAAGCGAACGCCAACCCGUGGCUGAGCAUGCUGACUGGCGCGGGGUCCGUAGCCUCUUCGUCGAGUCACAGCAAGCUGUCAAAGAAACGCAACGAGGCUACGGUCGGCAAGAUGAGCAGCGCGGAGAGCAAGUCAGCCAACAAGCUUGCGCGGCACAAGAGCCGCGGCGACGAUGCGCGACUCGCUGAGCUGGACGAUGCCGCGCUGGAGAUCGACCCGCAUGCGCAGCUCGGUGUGGACAGCUGCCUUGCGGGCGAGGAGGCGAAGAAGGUGCGCAAGCGAAAGAGAGGCCGGAAGAGCGGAGCGGCGGCGGCGUCUGGUGCGGCUGCCGGCGGCUCGGGUGAUGAGGAAGGUGAUGAUGGGAGCGAUUCUGACUCGGGCUAUGCCGCGCGGGAAGUCGCCGUGGGCGGGCGGAACGGGAGCGGCGCACGCAAUGCAGGCGCACUGCAGCAGCACGAGCUGGUCGCCGAGGCGUUUGCGGGGGACGACGUCGCGGCCGAGUUUGCAGCGGAGAAAGCAGCGCUCAUCGAGGCGGAGGCGCCGCGCGAGGAGGACGUGACGCUGGCGGGUUGGGGCAGUUGGGGCGGCAAGGGUGUGCGGAAGAGCAAGAGCGCGCGCGAUGCGGCCAAGAAGAACACGGCAAGGAGGUUCGUCAGGCAUGUCCCCGGGCUCAACCCGUCGCAACGUAAGGACGCGGGCAUGGACAACGUCAUCAUCAACCAGCGGCGUGACAAGAAGGCGGAAAAGUACCGCCCGGCGGACCUGCCGUUCCCGUACACAAGCGCGGCGCAGUACGAACUGGCAAUGCGCACGCCCGUCGGAGCCGAGUGGAACACGCUGACGCAGCACCAGAAGAUGACACUGCCACGCGUGGUUAGUAAGCCGGGCAGGAUCAUCAAACCGAUCGAGCGCCACUUCUGAGUUCGACCAGCGCCAGCCACUGUACAUGCUGUGCGGCUAGAACUCUCCAUCAUAGCCUCGUGUUGUCGUGCAUCUGUGUAUGCUCUGCUUAUUGGCAAGGAAUAUCUCUGAUACACAGAACGAGAGGUCUGGAUGUACGGGCGCGGAAGCACUGUGGUACACGCCGCA